AUGCAUCAGUUAGAGAAGUGGAUGGUGUUUGUGGCAGCAGUGGCGUCUGUUAGUCGUGUAUACUGUGUGGAUUCUGUGGUUGAGUUCAGCACCCACGAGGAGAGAGCCGUGGGACUUGAACUAGGCAGUCUAGGUGAUGACAGCAUCCUACCUCUGGGCUUACAUCCUUCGGUACGUGGAUCACUCCGGUAUAGUCUGCUCCCGCAGGGCUUCCCAAGAUCAUCCUUGUUCCGCGUAGAUGAAGACUCAGGACAGAUAUUCUCUAAAGAAAGAAUAGACAGAGAGACUCUGUGCGGAUAUGACGUCAAGUGCAACCUAGAAAUCAUGGUGGCGGUACAGUCGGCAGUCAGCCAGUUCUUCAAGAAGGUCAAGGUGAUCGUGAAAGUCAACGACAUUAACGACAAUGCUCCGAACUUCCCUCGACCGGCCAUGCAGCUUCGCAUGUUGGAGAGUAUUGCCGUAGGGACCAACUUUCUGUUGGAAGAAGCCAUCGACCUGGAUAUUGGCGAUUUCGGAGUCAAGGACUACCAACUGAAUUCUGAGUUUGGUGCUUUUUCGGUAAACGUUACCAGGGGUGAUUCUGGUAGGAAUUUGGUGAACCUUGUGGUGCGCAAAGAGUUGGACAGAGAAACUACGCCCAGCCAAACAUUGGUACUUAUCGCGCGGGAUGGGGGUCAACCGUCUCUCAGCGGGAGUGUCACUAUUGUUGUCAACGUGGACGAUGUCAAUGACAACGCGCCAGUAUUUGAUCAAACCUUCUACAAUGCCAGUCUGCCAGAGACGGCUGAGGUUGGGACUAGAGUUGCCAGUGUCACAGCCACAGACUUGGACACGGCACCGUUUGGUAUCAGAGAGUAUCGUUUCUCUCCCUUGGACCGAGAUGACGUCACCAAAUAUUUUGCCGUUAAUACGUCGACAGGCGACAUUACAGUCGUGGGUUCGUUGCUGGAGAAACAGGGCGAGACGUUCAGGCUUUUAGUGGAAUGUAUAGACAAAGGGUUUCCUCCCCUGGUGUCCAGGGCGGAAGUGGACAUCACAGUUGAGGACACCACAAACAGCGCCCCAAUCAUCAACCUCAACACCAUGUUUGGGGGCGCAGUCUCUGAGAUGGCGCAAUCUGGCACUGUGGUGGCAUUGCUGGUUGUUGUGGAUCGAGAUGCCGGUCUUAAUGGCAUCGUGACCUGUUCCAUUGUCAGUGACGCGUUUGAGCUACAGGCUUUGUCGGCGAACGAAUACAAGGUGAUUGUUGUCAGAGGGCUCGACAGGGAGGCCGAGCCGGUUCUGGAGGUGUCUGUUGCCUGUCAGGAUGCGGGGACGCCACCGCUACUAGGCACUGUCAGGUUCAGCGUUAAGGUCAAGGAUGAGAAUGAUAACCCGCCAUAUUUCAGUGAACGGGUCUAUCAGCGAAGCAUCCCAGAAAACAAUAGACCAGGACAGAUCCUGCUUCGAGUGACAGCCGAGGACAGAGAUAUUGGCGAGAACGCGCGGAUUACGUACAGUCUUGUUGACGCCAACGAUCUCCGCAUCGACAACAGAGGAAACAUCAUCGCCAUCAGCUCUCUGGACUACGAAAAAGCGACCCAGCUGAAGAUGAAAGUGGUGGCUAAUGAUAACGGGGUGGAGCGUCGUUCCGCAACAGCAGACGUUGUCAUAGAGGUGACUGACGUAAACGACGAGGCUCCGCGUUUUGAGAAAUAUCUGUACGAGUUUGAGGUAAUGGAGAACUUGCCUGUCAACACAACAGUUAACUCUGUAAUCGCCAAAGAUAAAGACAGCGGAGAGAACGGCAAAAUUCAGUAUUCAAUAUCGCAGAAAGAUUACCCAUUUGACAUUUUACCCAACGGUGUCAUUGUCACUAAAGAAAGCCUGGAUAGAGAACAAAGUGAACGGUAUACACUGGUACUUUUUGCCGCGGACAGAGGCCAGCCAUCACUAACUGGGACUGCUACAGUGAUCAUCACUGUUGGAGACCAAAACGACCACAUUCCUAGAAUAGUUUAUCCUAAAAGUGGCAACAGUUCUGUUGUUGUUGCUUUCGAUUCUAAACCCGGAUCAGUAGUUUUAAAUAUUUUGUCUGAAGAUGGAGACACAGGUCCCAACAGACAGUUAGAGUACCACUUAGCUUCCAGUUCUGGACGUUCAGUGUUUGAACUUAGCAAAGACAAAGGGGAACUCAUUCUUAGAAGGUCUUUGGCGCUGCAGGAUGUAGGACGCCACCGUUUGACCGUGGUCGUCACCGACCAAAGUCCUGUGUAUCCUUUGGCUUCAAACUCAUCAUUCGAUGUGAUUAUAUUUGCUCCAAAUGAGACAGAAUCACCAGCGAAAGACAAAGAGAAAGAGCAUAUUAUGGUUGUUAUUAUUCUGGGAGUAAUAACAGGUGUUGUUACAGUUGCUGUUAUUAUUACUAUUGCAAUUAUACGACGGGCUGAUUUACAGAGAAGAAAAUACCUACAAGGUAGAGUUAAAGUGGACAGAAACGUUGAGAAACUGGAAGCUGAUAAAAUAAGUGUGGGAUAUGUCAUCAGUAAUAGUGUUUCUGACGGGUCCAAAAGCAAGGGAGUUCAGGAUGAUGAAAAUGGGUCUAAAGAUCUCACAGACGAUGGUUUCGGUGACAAGCCGGUGAGUCUAUUGUUU